GACACAAGUCAAGUAACAUAAAGCUGUUAUUAAACUUAGUCCGGCCUAAUCAGUGUCUAAUUUAAAACACAAGUCUUUUAUUUGAUGUUUUAUUUUUAGCCAUGCAAGCUGAAAUGGCUCUAGGAAUAUCCUCAGGUGGUCAGCCGGUUGUUCGGUUAUUCACUUAAACAACUAUUUGAUGGACUGGCCUAAGAUUUUGCACAGAGAGUUAUGGGCAACAGGAGCGCAGUUUGACAGCCGCGCGGAUUUGCAGGGUUUUUACGACCAGAUAAAUCAUCAUCAUCAUCACCAUCUCAGCCAAAAUGUCCCUCCGCUACCACGACAAAGUUGUGAUUGUCACCGGAGGAUCCAAAGGGAUUGGCAGAGGAAUUGUCAAAGUGUUUGUGGAAAAUGGUGCUAAAGUGGUGUUCUGUGCAAGAGGAGGUGCAGUAGGUGAAGCUCUCCAGGCACAGCUAAACAAAACAGGGCCAGGCUCAUGCAAAUUUGUCACAUGUGACGUCUCCAAAGAAGAGGACAUCAAGAGACUGAUUGCUGUCACAGUGGAGCAUUAUGGACACAUUGACUGCCUGGUCAACAAUGCAGGGUGGCACCCACCUCAUAAACCUACUGAUGACACCACAGCAGACGAGUUUAGGGAUCUGCUGAAUCUGAACCUCAUCAGCUACUUCCUGGCUUCUAAAUAUGUGUUGCCGUACCUGCGACAGCGUCAGGGAAACAUCAUUAAUGUUUCCAGUCUGGUGGCCACCAUCGGUCAGAAAGAUGCUGCACCGUAUGUUGCCACCAAGGGGGCGAUAAUCUCAAUGACAAAGGCAAUGGCUGUGGAUGAGAGUCGCUACGGAGUCCGAGUCAACUGCAUCUCUCCAGGUAAUGUGCUGACACCUCUGUGGGAAGAAUUAGCUGGACACACACCAGAUGCUGCAGCAGCCAUUAAACUGGGAGAAAAUUCUCAGCUGAUGGGCCGGAUGGGGACUGAGACUGAGUGUGGACUGGCUGCCUUGUAUCUGGCGGCUGAUGCUACUUUCUGCACUGGGAUAGACUUGCUGCUCAGCGGCGGAGCUGAACUCAACUACGGCUUCAAGAGUCAGAUCCCAUCCUGACUGGCCUCCACAGUCUCCUCAUGGCUGUGGAACAGCUUGUUUUUACAGAUUAAUGUGUUUAAUGCAGAUUAUACAUUAUGUUUAAGUGUGCUGGUGACAUUACUAAGAAAAAUACUAAAUGGUUAUUAAUAAAGGGGGGAUUUUCAUUCA